AUGUUUAAGAAACAACAGAAAGACAAGAAGUUAUCCAUCUCAUCACCAAUAGCAUCGCCGAUAUCCACAGAAUUCCCAUUAAAAGAUUUAGAACCAAGAACUGCUGAACCUUUCAACCAAUUCAAACAAAUAAAUUGGAAAUCAUCUGAUUCAAUUCCUAAAACUCCAGAUUCUGAUACUUUUGAUAGAACUUCAGAUACAAAAUUCGAUAACUUUAGCACAGUUAUCUUAAUGUGUAAGUAUGAAUUUGUUGGAGAAAGUAAUCAUGAAUUAUCAAUCAAACCAAAUGAAUAUGUCAAAUUACUUGAUAGAAUUGGUGAUGGAUGGUUAAGAGUUAAACAGGUCAACAAAGAUAAAAUCGGACUCAUUCCAGCAUCUUAUGUCAAAAUUGCUGUUAAUGAUUUGAUAAAUCCAAUCACUUCACAAUGGUUGAACGAAAUCACAUAUAACUACAAUUCUGAAUACACUUAUAGUUCACCUGUAGAUGAUCUUUUCGAUUUUGAAAAGACUUAUCCUGUCAAAGUUUCAGUUUCAAAUGUUUUGGAGAAUAACGAAAAGUUUUGGUAUAGAAUCGAUAUAAAGUUGAACAAUGGUGAUUCUGUUUAUAUAUCAAAAUUCUAUCAAGACUUUUAUAACUUACACAUAUUAUUAUCAUUACUUAAUUAUCCUAACUUACCCAAAUUACCUCAACCUAUCAAAUCUUUAUAUAGAGAUAGGAAUUAUUAUGAAAACCUUUUGAUUAGGUGUAAUGAAUUAAAUGUUUAUCUUAACAAAUUAAUCAAAUUAUCAGAUUAUCAAAAAUCCCAAGAAUUUUAUACUUGGAUUGUAAAUGCUAAUAAGAUAACAAAUCCAGAAGAAACAACAAAUGAAUUUAUAAAUGAAAAAUUAUUCAAAAAUUCUAUCAACUUGAUAGAUUUGGUUAAAACUAAAGUAACAUCAUCUUUACCAAAAGUUAAUACUAUGGUAAAUAGUCCAAGUUUACAAAGUAUUGGAUCAUUAAUUAGCAGGUAUAAUGACAAUGAUUCGGAAAUUUCAACUAGUGGAACUAUCAAAUCAACCAAUUCAUCACCUUCUUCACCAAGGGACUCUAUUUCAUCAAGAAGUUCACCUAAAACUCCAUCGCAAUUUGAUGAAAUUCCCCCAUUGGGAUCGCCAAUAACUCCGGUUUAUGAGAAUUUCCAAAUCAAUGACAAUUUUGUUGAAGGAUUUGUUAAAAUCAAAGUGAAAUUGAAUAACAAAGAGAAUGAUAUAAUAGUAUUAAAGAUAAAGAAUACAAAUUUGAAUUCAAUGAUUUAUUUGAAGAAACUUGUUUCCCAUAAAAUCUACAAAGAUUAUGAUUUGAUUAAUCAUUAUAAAUUAACUGUUUCUGGUAAACAUUUUAAUGAUGAUGAAUUAUUACACUAUAUCAAAUCAAAUAGUAAAGUAUGUUUGAAUCUAGUUCGUGUUAGGGGUUCUAUUUAA